GUAGCCGUGGCCGCCAGCAAUCUCGGACGCACCUUGACCGACCUCGGACGCUUUGACGAAGCGGAGGUCGUGCUGCGUCAAGCGCUGGAGAUUCGCCGGGAGGUCUAUGGUUCCAUGCACCCACGGGUAGCAGUGGUGAUCAGCCGACUGGCGACGGUGGAGAGACUACGCGGCCGGCCGGAGCAAGCCCUACCGCUCUAUCAGCAGGCUCACGACAUCCGACGUCGGGUCUUUGACCCAGGGCAUCCCGAGAUCGGCAAUUCCUUGAGGCAGUUAGCCGGUUGUCUAAUCGACUUGGGUCGGUUGGAUCAAGCUGCCGAGGUGUUGGAAGAGGCUAUCGACAUCCUCGACGCUGCCGGUCGCGGACCGGAUGCGGAGAAGGCUCGCAGCAUGCUCCGUGGAUUGGAUCGAUCCCGGUUAUUGGGCUGA